AUGCGAGCCGCAAAAAAAGGAGUGGGAAUCAAGAGCCAAUGGCCAGACCCAUUCGCCACCAAAUCAAGUAAUUCGCCCAGUUGCUUGUCAUUGCGUCGAGCCUACUCGGAGGCCGGAGCUCUGCGCAAGGCUGUCAAGCGCCGCCCUGUUUGCUAUGCACCGUCGCACGAGGCUGGCUCCCUCGCACAUGCACAGCCUAGAAUACAAAAGCAAAUUUUUUUUUUCUUGGCGGCGCGGCGGGGUAUUUGGUAUAUAAGGGUUUGGGUGGUUCCUGGGGAUUGUCACAUCUAUUUCUUUUCCUGUAGGGAAGUGUCUAGUAAAAUGGAAGAUGACCAGAAUACGAAGACCGUGAGCAAGAAGGCGGAGAGAAGUGUUGGGAAGCGGGGGGGUGGAGGGGAGGCGAAGGGGAGGAGCAGGAGGAAUGGAAGGAAGAGGGCAAAAACUAUUGAUCAGCAGCCAAAGAAUGAUGAAGAAAUGGAGACUGUACUAGCGGUAGAAGAGGGGGAGGGUGGCGGGGAAAAAAGUACUACUGCGACUGUAGCCACUGAAUCGAAGGAUGUCACGGACACGAAGGAUGUCUCAGAAACGAAGGAAGGGACCGACCAAGCCAAAAAGCUCAGCAGCGGGCGCAAAAAGACUACAAUGAAGGCAGCAAAACGAGAACUAUCUUGCAAUGACCACCCCACCGUGGUAUUCAAGAGUAAUUCUGACCUACGGAAUCACUUAUCAAGCCAUCCCCGCCCCUAUCACUGUAUAUUUUCCUUCGCAUCUUGCCCACAAACUUUUUCAAGCAAAAACGAAUGGAAACGCCAUGUUCACAGCCAGCAUCUUCUGUUCAACUACUGGCGCUGCGACCAAGCUUCUUGUUCUCCGCAGACCGAUCCUCCACCCUCACCUUCAGGGGCGAGAGAAAAGAACACGUUUAAUAGAAAAGACCUUUUCACACUGCAUGUAAAGCGCAUGCAUAGCACUACUGUCACAAUGCCUGAGGGGCUAUCAGACAUGGUGGAGAGGUGUAAGAGGCAGAGACGAAAGCCUCCAGCUUGGGAAAAGUGUGGACACUGCGGGAGGAAGUGGACCCGAGAGGAGUUCGGGGAGAAGAUGGAACAUAUCGGGGGGCACUUGGAGGUGGACGCUGGAGGCGAGAAGGCUGAAGGCGCUGAACAGGGGUGGAGAAUAGACAACGAGUUUAUAGAGUGGGCUGUUGAGGAGGGAAUUGUUGAGAGGGCUGAUUUGGAGAAGGAGAAAGCGGUUGGGGUGGAAGGCGUCAUUUUGGGAGGGGGAGAGAGGGCAAAAGAUUUCGAUGGGAGGUAUAGGCUCGUGAAUGUGGUCAAGCCGGGCACUCGUGGGCUUAAGCCUUCUACGUAGAUGUUUCUUUGUUUCACUCUGUUUACUCUGCUUGGUUUGUGUCCGACUUUGCUUGCUCUACCUACCCUGUUUGCCUUGGCGACUAACUUUUCCACGAUUUUCUUAUUUUUUGUCGUUGUUUUGAUACCCACAUCUGUUAUUGUCCCUUUAUCAUUACGUUCCACCUUUUGAGCUACUCCUCAGCAUGUUUAGCAUUUUUAGUGCUGGUCUGUCCUUUUUUUCCAUACCCAUCAUUCUAUCCUUCAAUAUAAAACAAUCCUUUAGA